AGUCUGUUGAAACUGAAACAAUGUUGAUACCCCCACUAAAGUGUCAAAGUUAUCAAAAAGAUUUAUUUAGGCAACGAGAGUUUAGGCUAGCUCAAACAUACGUAGAAUCCCAUAGGCUUCCCUUUGAAUGUGCAGACUCCUCCUCGCGACACCUCCUCCGUAGAUUUACUCUCUCGUAUCCGCUCGGAAUAGUACGAGGAAUAUUCUCGCUGGUAGACGUAGUCCAGUCGUGUUCGCAGAGACACUCACUCACUCAUUCACUCUCAAACAUCAAGCAACGUUGAGAAUAUCAAGCGAUUAUUACUUCGAGAAGAAUUAAUUCGCGAUUUAUAAUAAUCGAUCUCAAAGAUCGAACGAGCAGUGUUUUUUGUCACUUUUCGAAAAUUUAAUUUGAAAAGUGAUGAAGAGGUAUACGAUAUCAAAACUGUGAUCAGAGUAUCGAUAAUACAAGAAAGAAGAAAUAAAACAAAAGAAGGAGAAGAUAAAGUGGAGAAAAAUAAUAAAAAAUAAGCAAUCGUGAAAGUGUCCUAACGUGCCCUACGAAAUUAUUUUGUUUACAGUGAUUUUGGGUGAUAACGAAUGUGUAAUUUCUUUCAUCGUGAAUCAGUCAUCGUUUUUAUUUAGGGGUGCUACGAUUAAUUGCAUGUUAUUUUAAACAAGGAGUUGUUUCGAGGAAUAUUUGAAAAACGAAUCCAUGCGUUUGUGAGAGGAUAAUAAAACGUCCCUCGAUCUACGAGAAUGACCGGCACCCGAAGCUUUCUUCAAUGGCUGCCACCUUUGCUCGUCUUUUGCCAAGUAUUCAACUACGGCUUGAUAUUGGAGGAAGAAACAGAACCAAAUUAUUUGACGGCUGCUGUCGGAGAAUACGUGGUAUUCAAUUGUGAUCUUGACUUUCCGCACGAGACACCAAUCCCGUAUAUUCUACAAUGGAACCGGGAUGGCCACAGUGUUUUCUCGUGGUACGAUGGGACGAUGACCUUGGAUCCUCGUUAUCAAGAACGCAUACAUUUUUUGAAAGACGCAUUAUCUCGCGGAUACGGUGAGGGUAGCAUCAAUCUCACCAACAUCAGGGAAAGCGAUCAGGGAUGGUACGAGUGUCGUGUUAUAUUUCCAAACAGGACACCUAAUUCAAGGAAAAAUGGCACCUGGUUUCAUCUUGCCAUCGAUGGUGUGUCGCCGCUUCCGACAAAUGUUCCAGGUGAGACCCUCUUCACGACGCCACCCGUCAACAAAUCUGUCAUGGAAGGGGAACCAGUUUCUUUCGAUUGCGUCGUCAAAGAUAAUUCAUCUACCGUUAAUUGGUUCCACGAAGGUAUUGAGAUCUCGCAAGUUAAGGAUCUCGAGAGAAGAGCUUCCAUCAAGGAAGACGGAACGUUGGUAAUAAAGUCAACUUUAAUGAGUGAUCUUGGAGAGUACACUUGCGGGGUGACCGGUUGGAAUGGGAAUCAACAAAAUGCCUCGGCCUUUCUCAACGUCCAAUAUAAGGCAAAGGUCAUUUAUGCUCCUAGAGAAGUUUAUCUUCCUUAUGGAAAGCCAGCCCUUUUGGAUUGUCAUUUUAGGGCUAAUCCACCGCUGACGAAUCUUCGUUGGGAAAAGGACGGAUUUCUCUUUGAUCCUUACAAUGUUCAAGGUGUAUUUUACAGAAGAAAUGGAUCUCUUUACUUUAGCAAAGUAGACGAAACGCAUUCCGGAAGUUACAGUUGUACUCCAUACAAUGAUCUGGGUACCGAUGGGCCUAGUCCUGCUAUCAAUGUCGUUGUUCAAAGACCACCGGUUUUCACGGUAACACCUCAACAUUUAUACAUGAGAAAAUUAGGAGAAAGUUUGGAAAUUCCGUGCGAUGCAAGGGAUGGUGAUCAUAGUCAUCGACCCACAAUAGCAUGGUACAAAGACGGUUCACCACUACCACGUGAAAGGACUAUCCUAACAGGUGGUAAUUUGACUAUAGAAAGAAUUCAAGAACAAGAUCGUGGAUUGUAUCAAUGUGCAGCUAGCAAUGAAGCUGCAACUGUAGUGGCAGAUGCUGAAUUAAUGGUUUUAAAUAUUCCACCAAGGGCACCAUACAAUCUCAAUGCCAAUAGUAGCAGAAAUGCUGUAACUUUGACGUGGGUACCGGGUUAUGUUAGACCAAAGAUGGAAUACUCUGUCUGGUAUAGACCAACCGAUAUGUCUGAAUGGAGAACGAUGAAAAUACUUUCUCGAAAGAUCACUGAAGCUACUGUAAACAAUUUGAAUCCUGGUAGAGAAUACGAGUUCAUGGUUCUGAGUCAAGACAAGCACGGUGAUGGAAUGUUUAGUAAAGCGUUACGAGUAUUUACCAAACCUACUGCCAUGGAUCAUAACUCAGCAUCAGAAUUUCGUAGUCCAUUAGAGGAAGAGAGAAUGGGUCCACCACGUAAUGUAAGGGUUCAAGCUACCGUAGAGGGUUAUCUGGUUACAUGGGAAGCACCAUUAGAAGGUAAAGGUCAGGUUAGACUUUACGUUGUUAGAUGGUUCCGUGGUCCGGCACAACAUUUAUAUGGAAGAGUUGAAACAACUGACACUUAUUAUUUAGUGAAAACGUUAGAAGAAGAAAGUCAAUAUACAUUUGAAGUGGCAGCCAUGUCAUUGUCUGACGAUGAAGCUACCAGCGAACGUAUAAGUUUAGAGGUACCAGCAUAUCGUAGAAAUCGUGCAAUUUCUAUGGGAAUAGUUGCUGGUAUAGGAUUUUUAGCAGCUACUUUGGCAGCUGUUUGGUGGGCUAGAAAAAGAUUUUGUCGAUCACCCUCCCACGAAAAAUGAUAAUUUAUUAAAGAGAUCACGGUUAUUAAUGCAUAGAUUUUUUGUUUCGAAGCUGAUGAGUUUACGCCAGUGUCAACGCGUUUAUAAUUAAAAAAAAAAAAAAAAACGUGUUAUUAUUCAAAUAA